AUGAUUGGCAUUCUGUACUUCCUGGCCCUGCUCGGCUCCACUCUGGCCUGGGGGGGUGCAGAUGUUUGGAGCGCGAUAGAUACCAGGAAUGGCACUGGAGGUGGCGAUAGUUGUACCUGUGAUGCCUUCCUCCCGAGCACUACUUUCCCCAUCAAAGACCUGAUUGUGGUGGAAGAAACUGCGGUGGAGAUCUCCCAUAGAGUGGAGCUGGAGAUAGCAAAGAUGGAGGCGUACACAGUGAAAAUGACAUCUUAUGCAGAGAAAAUUGCACAACUGACAGUUCAAGUGGAAAAUAUGGAGAAGAACCCAGACGACUACAAUGACGCAGACCUGGAGGGGAUCAAGGUGGAGAUUAAGCAAGUGGAGGCUUUGAUUCAAGAACUUCAGCUUUCCAUCAAAAGUUCAACCACUGUCUUUGAGUCUCUACAAGUACAAAUAACAGCCAUGGUGACCACUCUUGACAAACUAGAGAAAACCUACGACAAGAACUUGGUGCUGGCAACAAGACGUGAAUAUAUUGAGAUCCAGCUAAAGCUUGAGGAGUGUGAAAAACGCUAUGACGAUCUCUUUAAUCCCAACAUUGGUUCUUGCGCACAUUCUGGCAUUGUCAAAGUCGGCCAACCCAUUGUCAGCCAGAUCAAUGCUCAUCUUAGCGCUGGGUAUAAAUAUGGAGGCUGGGGCAAAGACUCCAAACCAAUCCCAGAUCGGGAGUCUAUGUACUGGUAUUCUGGCUACACUUCAACAUACAUCUAUGAUAUUAGAUUCUAUACCAACUACAAAAACCUCAUUCUUAGGAACCACUUCUUGCAUCAAACCUUAGCCAAUGGUUGGGCAGGCACUGGGAAUAACUUUAUAGUAAGAGAAAACUGCCUGUACUAUCAAAUCAACUCACCUUUUGGGUUAGCUAAGCUUAAUUUGACCUCAGUCACAUAUUACUCUAGAGUCAUCGCUGGUGCUAGCUCGACUUACUCCUACAGCAACUCUCCAAAUCAGAAUUUUGACUUCUCAGCAGAUGAAACUGGUCUGUACGUGACUUAUGCUAAAGAUGAAACAAAAGGGAGAAUGGUCAUAGCUAGAAUCAAUGAAGCUUCUUUUGGGAUAGAAGAGGAAUGGCCCACUAGUGUGUACAAACCAGGAGUGAGCAACGCCUUUAUGGUGUGUGGUGUGCUGUACGCAGUAAAAACAGUCGAUAUUCACAAUGAGCAUAUUUUCUACAUGUACGACACCAAAACCAAGCAGGAGUAUCAUGUCAAUAUUCCCUUUGAGAGGUUCCAGGAUAAGUACUCCAACCUGGACUACAACCCCACUGACCAGAAGCUCUACAUGUACAACGAUGGCUACUACGUCAGCUACCAUCUCUGGUUCAACCAAACAGCUCCGGCUGUGCAGUCCCCAUCCACACAGGAUUCCCUGAAUAUCACUGGGAAUGUCAUGUGA